GUAGACAAGCGCAUUCUAUUUUUGAAAUUUAAAAAUAAAUUGUAUUUGUUUUUUUUUUAUAUUGUGUGUUCGGAUUUUGACAGUGACUGUAGUGUUGUGGAUUGCAAUUUUUCACAUUUUACUUCGGUCUUCUGUGUUGAUUUUUUUAAAGAAGAGAACUAAAUAAUUUGAGAUGGCGCGGUGGUGCCCUGCGCUGGCGGUAUGCGCAUUAGCACUGACCAUUGCAGCUGGCCAAUCACAGUCGAGAUUCCAACCACGAAAUCCUAGAUAUAAGAAUGCUGACUUACAAGCGAGCAGCCAGGCAGAGGCAGACGACAUGGUACAUAACUUGCUUCAGUGGAUACAGGGCUUAUACCAGGACAACAAGAGAAAAGCACGACAAUAUUUCGGAGGCAAACCGGAGAAGCCAAGACCAUUUGAACCUGCCACCUAUUUGCCACCAACUGGUUACCCUCCAGCCGGGAACAGACCAACACCAUCUUACAACGAAGGACCAGUGACGAACCAACCGUACCAACCCCCUUCUAAACCUGAACAACCUUCUUAUCAACCGAGCCAGCCAACCCAACCUUCUUACCAACCAAGUCAACCCACUUAUCAGCCAAGUCAACCAUCUUAUCAACCGAGCCAACCUUCUUACACUCCCAGCCAGCCUUCGUACACGCCUAGUCAACCAAACCAGCCGACUUACACUCCAAGUCAACCAAGCCAGCCUUUAUAUACUCCAGGUCAACCCAGCAAACCAAGUCAACCUUCAUAUACUCCAAGUCAACCCAGCCAACCAAGUCAACCUUCAUAUACUCCAAGUCAACCCAGCCAACCAAGUCAACCAAGCUCUCCAUCUUACACUCCUUCUCAACCUUCUUACACACCGUCGCAACCUUCAAAUGUACCCUCUCAGCCAUCAUAUACACCACCUCAAACGUCAUAUCUACCUAGUUCCCCAAGUCAACCGAACGAACCAAGCCAGCCAUAUCAGCCGAUAACAAACCAACCAACUCAACCACCGUACCAGCCCAGCCAACCAGAGGAGAACCCAUCUGAACAGCCACAAAAUCCCGAGGAAUCUCAAGGCAGCUCUUCACAAUCUGGCAAUCCAACGGCUCCUGAUGACGAUGACCGUCAUCCACCUCACAUUCACGCGAUCACAGUCGAUUGUGGCAAAGAAAUGAUGACAAUCAACAUUGAAUUCAACAAACCUUAUAACGGCAUCAUCUACUCUCAAGAUCAUUACAAUGAUGACAGCUGCGUUUACGUAAGAGAGAACUCAAACCAAGUGAAAUUCUCGUUCACUGUCAGCUUGAACACAUGUGGCACUAGAUUCUUCAGUGACUUCCAGAACGAAGGACAGGCAUAUCUAGAAAAUGUACUAGUAUUGCAGAACGAGCCUGGUAUCCAAGAAGUAUGGGAUCACAUUCGCAGAGUAAGAUGCCUGUGGGAGGGAAAUUUGACAAAACAAUUAGUUUCAUCUCUGAGCGUUGGCAUGCUGAACCAAAUAACCAGCAACUUCAGUGGUGACACAGCAAUGGCUAGAUUAGACAUUCAAACAGGACGUGGUCCGUUUGCUCCUGAAGCUAAUGGUUUAGUAAAGAUUGGAGAAACCAUGACUUUAGUCGUAUCAGUAACAGGUGAUGCAGGCUUUGAUAUUCUUGUUCGAGAAUGUGUUGCCCGCGAUUCAGGAAGCAAUCAUGUUGUACCUUUAACUGAUAAUAAUGGUUGUGUGCUCAAACCCAAACUCUUUGGAGCGUUCCAGAAGACCAGGGAGACAGGCAACACAGGUGCUUCGAUUAUCGCUUACGCGUUCUUCAAUGCAUUCAAAUUCCCUGACGAAAUGGACUUGGUGAUUCAAUGUGACGUUGAGUUAUGCAAGACGGAUUGUGACGUAUGCCCUACACCUGGAAGUCUUGAGCCCAAGAGAAGAAGACGUGACGUCAUUCACGUUGGUAACAGAACAGUUGAACCAUCAACUACUAUUAGUAAAGGUCUAAAAGUGGUGUUUGCUGAAGACUUGCCUCAGCAAACCACUGGAUUUUGUGUGUCUCCUAAUGCAGCGUUAUGGGGGAGCGUUUUGGUACUCCUAGGGUCUUUGUUAAGUAGUGUAAUGGUUUCCAUGUGCUUUAUGAAGUCCAGGUCAUCACCAAAAUCUCCCUGAUUUUUUUUUAUGGCGCAGCAAGAGAACCGGUUCAGUCGUUUAUAAUAAAAUGAAGAAAUUGAAGUCAAAAUGCUGUGACAUUUGAAAAAUGAAUAGGAUGAUGUUAAAAAAUGCGUUAGUAUUUUUUGUCUGUCACUUCAUUUAUUAAAAUUGCAUCGAAUUUUUAUAGAAUAUGUAACAAAAUCCUCCACAUUUUUAAGUUAAAUAAAAAAUAAUUUUAAACUAAAAUGUGAAUUAAUGAAUAUUAAUUAUUUACAGUAAUAAUUAUUAUUUAUAUUAACAUCACAUUUUGUACAACGAAAAAAGUGAUAUGUUAAUAUUAAGGAACACUGCCAGUUAAGCAUAUAUAUUUUGUAUAAUAAAUAAUAUAUAUAAUAUGUUUAUAUACUUAACCUUAAGGAAAUUAAGUAUUCUAGUUUUAGAACAUUAAUAAAAUAUGAAUUUGUCAAUAACUUAUGAGUGUUGUAUUCGUAAAUAUAACUAUCAUUUUGUACAUAUUAGAUAUAGAUGUAAUUGUGAAAUAAAG